UCUUAUCGGCACACCUUGUCACCACUGCGGCUUACCGGAACGUUUCUCUGCGUCUCGCCUUUCACCGUCAAACAUCCAGCCAUGAAGUCUUUCGUCUUUAUCUUGGCCGUUCUCGUCGGGGCAGUUGUCGCAAAACCGAAGACGAUCUCUCCUGAUGACCUGAAGCAACAGAACAAGGACAUCUCGUCUAAAGAGUACCUUAAACGGGUCUUCCAGCACUCUGUGGUCUCUUACGUCGGAAGUGACGCCCAGGACAUCGUCGAGAAGCUACAAGAUCUUGGACUUCAUGAGGCAGCGACCAUCGCCAAGCAGGUAGAUCUGAAGCAGAUCAUCCGAGACAACGGCAUUCCACCCAUCACGUUGUGCAUGCCCAGUGACAAGGCUGUCGAGAAAUGGAGGCAGGAGCUCCCCGAAAGACAGAUGCCAGAGAGGGAGAUCUUGAAGAAUCUGGUCAAGGCUUGGAUCAUUCCAAAAAGGGUCAUGUCAUCCGAGGUCACAAAUAACCAGAAGAUUGAGAGCUUGAAUGGCGCUAAACUGAGAUUCAACAUCUACAGAGACAGAGAUGACGUCAAGGUUAUCACCAUUAACGGGGCUCGCAUCGUUGACGCCGAUAGGGAAUUCACCAAAGAAGUCAUCCAGGUAGUCGACAAGGUUAUAUAUCCACUUCCGAUUGGUAACGUCAUCGAAGCCUUGAAUGGUAAUAAAGCCUUCUCCGUCAUAGUCGAUCUCCUGAAGCAAGCCGGAAUCGUACAAGAACUCGAAUCUGAUCCCAUCACGGUUAUUGUACCAACUAACGACGCCUUCCAAGCUCUCCCAUCCGGUGUCCUAGACGACCUCAAACGCGACACCGACAAACUCCGUAACCUGCUUAGAUACCACGUGAUCUCUGACGUCAGAUAUUCUAUCUCCUUGACGUCUGGACAGCGCAUUCGUGCUUCACAGGGGGAUGAAAUUUCGGUCUACAGAAGUACAAAUGACCAAAUUGUACUGAACGUGCAGAAUGAGCAGUCGGAAUCUCCAAUUGUGAUCUCACGGGAUAUCCCUACCACCAACGGAGUCAUCCAAGUAGUCGACCGGGUUCUUCUCCCGCCUGAAAAACACUACGUUCUUGUUUAACCAGAUCAGACUGCUGAUACGCACAUUCAAUAUUGAUUGAAUACUUUUGCAUUUCAAUUAAAUUCUCUUCUAUCCAUAAAAAUAAUAAGAAUAUUUUGUUUUCAAUAGUCUGUACUUUGCAUUAAUGAUUAUACGAAGUGAGGGUGAUGAGAGUAAUGUUAAGAACUAGAGCAAAAGUUAGCGAAUAUAGAAAAAACGGAUGUGUGUGUUUUGAUCCUUUUGAUACGGG